UUCUCCUUCGCCGCAUCCCAUUGAUGCUGCCAGCGCAAUUUUGCACAUGCGCAGUGGGGUAGUCUCAGCCAUCUGCAGGAAACCAAUUAGCAGGAAUAAAGAGCUAAGUGUUUUUCUCUCCUCUAUGUUCAGACCUCACUCUACCUCUCCCCCGCUCACACCCCUCCGUCUCUCUGUUUACUGUAGAUAUAGCUUUAAGAAGACGAUUUUAGGAACACAGAGAGGAGGACUGUGUUAUGCUGCUCUCUCUGCGGCUGUCCUCUCCUGUACACUCUCUGGUCCAAAGGGAAUAUGUGGAUGUUCAGUAGACCCGCUAUUUGACUGGAUUACUACAGAUACAGUCCAAGGAGUCCAGAAACGCCGCCGCCACAGCCGCACAGAUGUGGGGUAGUGAUGCGUGGCUGCUGUAGGAGCCAUUAUGGACAUCGGUGAGGGAGGGAGAGGAAGGGAUGGAGGGAGAGAGGGAGGAGAACCUGACAUCAGCACCAAGCCGUUAUCUCAUCCUCUCCUGACCCCGGAAGUGGUUCCUUCUAAGGGGUCGCCCUCUCGUACCUCAGCCCCGGCCCCUGCCAAAGAGCCCUCCAACCUGACCCAGACAGAGCAGGGGGGUGCAGAGGGGACCGCAGGCAGAGAGGAGACCCCAGAAGGGGAGCGGGGUAUAUACUCACAGAAUAAUGGUGUGACACUGAAAGAAGAGCAAGAGAAGGAAGAGAAGCUAAAUGAGAAGAAGGAGAAAGAAAGAUUGUUACUGGUGGACGACAGAGAGGAAACAGGAAGAAAAAACCUUGCACCAGCCCUCAGCAGCAAAGACAGAGGAGAAGAGGAAAAGGAGAAGGAAGAGGAGAGAGAAGAGGCCAUCUCAAACCAAAGCCAAACCAAAUCCAAAUGUAGUCUAUUACCUCGACAGAGCCAGCACAGCUCUGCUUCCAGCACUGUUAUGGCCAGUGGCACAUUGAACAGCAACAUCCACAUCACUGCUUCCAAUUCUCCAAAGCACUCUACCUCUCCUUCUACCUUUCCAAAGCUCUCAUUAUCACCUUCCAAUUCUCCAAAGCACUCUACCUCUCCUUCCACCUCUCCAAAGCGCUCCAGCUUUUUCCCCUCAUCUCCUUAUCCUCAGAAUGAGACAGAGGUGAGAGACACAGGAGAAGUGCAGGGCAAUAGUCUUUGUUUUCCUCAGAGCUUUAAACCCCAGCAGUCUGCUCUGUCUAAGUCCACCAGCCCACCCGCUAAGGAUGAUGGUAGGGCAGACGCCACUCACACUUCCCUUAUUGCCAAUGGAGACACCGCCAAAGUUCCAAAACCAAACAACAACCCAGAAGUGAGAGAUGGAGAUAGAGAGAUGGAAAUAGAAAGAGAUGAUGAUGAGGGAAAUGGAGAGAAGGAAAGAGAGGGAGAUGAGAACAUAGAGUCUGUAUCUAAGUACCUCCACUCCUCUCCCUCCUCUUCCUCCUCACCCUCCUCUCCCAUCUCACUGAACAGUCACAUGGCAUUGAUGCACUCCCGGAACUCCUGCAAGACACUUAAAUGCCCCAAAUGUAACUGGCAUUACAAAUCCCAGCAGACACUGCAAGUCCACCUCAGAGAAAAACACCCAGAGUCUGGGGGCUCAUGUGUGUGUGGGGGCUUGGGGGAGAAUUGUGUUUGUGGAGGGUCAAGGGGUGUGUGUCUGUACUGUAGCACAGGGAAGGCCCAUCCUCGUCUAUCCCGAGGGGAGAGUUAUGUCUGUGGGUACAAGCCCUAUCGCUGUGGUGUGUGUGAUUACUCCACGUCCUCUAAAGGAAACCUCAGCAUACACAUGCAGUCAGACAAACACCUCAGCAACGUACAGACAGCGGGACAAACACAACAUGCGCACAGCACACACACACACUCCACACACAGCGCGGGCUCCACUGUCAGAGACACGGGAGGCGGUCAGGUGUACGGACACACACACCCCGAAGUCACGCAGCCCCCUGAAAACACACCGCCCUACCCCAGCCAUCCCUCCUCCCAGGGUAAGAGGUGGCAGUGUGAGGUGUGUGAUUAUGAGACCAGCAUUGCACGGAACCUGCGCAUACACACCACCAGCGAGAAACACACACAAAAUGUGCUGCGCCUGAAACACACACACAACGUACUGCAGCUGCAGAGAAGCUACUACCUGGCCCACUGCAGGAGUCUGCCUCCUCAACUCACACUGCUACACAGCACAGGUGGGGAGCAGUCUUUGGAUAUGCAUCAACUAACAGCAGAGGAGCCAGUUGCCCCAGAUUCAACCCUGACCCCCUCCCCCUCUCCUCCUCCCUCCUCCUCACCAUCCUCUUCUCCAUCCCCCUCUCCUCCUCCUCCCCUGUCUCUCUCCUCCCCAUCUCCCCUCUACCGUGGUGUGUUCCGGUGCCUGGUGUGUUUCAGUUUCUCCUCUGACAGUCUGGAGUCUCUUGGGUCUCACCUGAGUGCUCCCCGCUCCCUGCCCCAGUCUGAGUGGCGUUGUCUGGUGGCCGGAGGCUGCUAUUGCAGGCUGUGUGGCUACAGCACCCCCCUCACAGCUAACUUCACUUUGCACUGCCAGACAGACAGACACAGGGCCCGCUACCAGCUGGCUGCCCACCUCUGGGAGAGAGGGGAGAAGGGGGAGGCUGUGGACUGGGAGGAAGUUGGGAAGUUGGUUGCUACAGGCAACCUGGUCCAGCUGAAGUGUAACGUGUGUGACUUCCAGACCACCAGCUUGGAGAAACUGAGAAUACACAGCGCCAACUCCCAACACCAGGCCAGCCUCAGAGUCUACAUGUUCUUAGAGCAGUAUGACAGUGCAGUAGCUGGAGGCUCCUGGUCGUUCCACUGUGUCUUGUGUAAUUACUCCUCCCGCUCUAAACUCCACCUACUGAGACACACCCACUCCACGGGUCAUCAUAAGAGGGAGGAGCUUCACCGCUUGCAGCUUGUGAAAAGGAAGAGCCUGAAUAAAGGAGAGGAGCUAGCUGCUAUCUUCAGCAUCAGGAAGUGUACCAGUCCUGAGAUAGAUGAAAGCAGUGAGGAGGGGGAGAGGAGAGAUUCCUUAUCCCCAGCCAAGCGAUCAUUCUCUUGGCUGGAGGAGACACAGAGCCCCCUCUCUCCCAAAUGCCCCAGAACCGACAAGCACACCACUGACCAACAUAUUACUGCCAAGUGCCCACUGUGCCAGGACACACUGGUACACACACACCUGAGACGUCACCUCACACUCACUCAUAGUGUGGCCCAGGACUGUGUGGAGAAGCUCAUGAGCACUGUGGCAGUGGAUCUGCCAGAGAUACUACAGAAAGAGACACUGCAGAGGGAUUCUCAUUCAAGCGACUCCAACACAAACGUAUAUCAAACAAACGAUUCCAACACAAUCGACUUUUACGCAAAGGAGUCCCUCAGAAAUGAGUCUCAAUCAAACGACUCCCAUAUAAAUGAAGAAGAAGUGAUACCAGCCAAAGAUCUGCCCACCCGUCCUUGUGAGGACCAGCAUCUAGCAGAGGACAACACCUCUCACCUCGAAGAGUCCCCCAGCUCUUCCCCCCCCCUCCCCACUCCUCCCUCUCCCUCCCUCAGCCACCUCCCUUCAUCCGCCUUACCUCCCUCUCCUCCCAGCGAUGCCCCUCCCUCCUCUGAUCGUCAUUGUUACAGGUUCCGCUGUGGCAGGUGCAGUCUAGCAUUCCGAACACAGGAGAAGCUGAAACUGCACUGGCAGUACCAUGCCAUGAGGGCGGCGACAGAGUGCCACCUCUGCCCCAGACGCUGCCGCAGCCAAGAGGCCCUGCAGAGACACCUGCUCAACACACACCUACAGGACCUACACCUACAGGGUACACACCCUGACCAGAUUGGAGCACACAUCCAACGACCAACCAGCCUGGAGGGGGAGGAAGAGGAGGGGGAGAGUAUGAGUGAAGAAGAUGAGGAGGAGGGAAAUGAAGGAGAGGAGGAUGAAAAGGAUGACCCAGAUGAGGAGGAGAGGCCCAGUCCUGGGGUUAGUAAUAGUGACAAGGGUUCAGGGCAGCAGGAGGAGGAGGCAGGGUCAGAACCCAGCCCCCUCAUCAAGGGCUCGAACCCGACUCUGGAGCGGUUCCUGGACCCGACUCGGCCCUACAAGUGUUCAGUCUGCUGUGAGUCCUUCACUCAGAGAACCAUCCUGCUGGUCCACUAUAACUCUGUGUCCCACCUCCACCGAGCCAAAGCCAGACGGGCCCUGCAUGACUCCAGCCCCAGUCAUGCUGACACCCCCCAGGGCCUGGAACCAAGCCCCUACCGCUGCAGCCUGGCCCCUGACCCCAGGCCCUACCGCUGCAGAAUGUGUGGGGUGGCCUACAGCCAGAGCUCCACCCUGGACAUCCACCUCCGUUCUGUACUGCACCAGACACGAGCCCGUGCAGCUCGGACCCAGCUACCACUGAACCCCCACACCCACCAAACUCCAGCCUCAGCCUCAACCCAGGCUCCCCACACCCCAGUCCCAUCCUUGGUCCAAACUCAGACCCCUGCCUCCAGCCCUUCGCCUGGAGGAGGAGAGGCAUCUACCAGGGGAAACCCCCCAGCAGCCACCAGACCAGCCCCUGCCCCCCCAAGUCCCUGUUCCUCCCUGAGUGAAGCCCAGCUGAGUGUGGGUGUCUCUGGGCAGGUUAAGGGUCAACAGGCUAAGAGGAGGAGAGUAGAGGACCUGGCCGCUUCCGCAGGACAGCAGGACCUGAUGUUACUCCAACAGCAAUUAGCCCAGGCCCAGAUACUACAGCAGCAACAGGAGUUAGCCCAAGCCCAGAUACAGCAACACACAGCCCUCCUCCAGCCCCAGCUCUUUAGUCCAACACUGCUCCCACACCUCCCCUUACUGCAACAGAACCUCCUAAAGCAGCACCUCCCUUCAGCAGCAGAGAUUCUCCAACACGGGAACCUCUUCCCUCCCCUCCCCUUAUCCCCAGACAGCCUAUUCUCUCUACAGCAGCAGCUGCUCCUGUCCUUCUACCUUUCUGGAGGGUUGCAUCUCAACCCCAACACAACCCUUAUGAACCAGACCACCUCAGCUGUCUCCCCUCAGACCACCUCAGCUGUCUCCCCUCAGACCACCUCAGCUGUCUCCCCUCAGACCACCUCAGAUGUCUCCCCUCAGACCACCUCAGCUGUCUCCCCUCAGACCACCUCAGCUGUCUCCCCUCAGACCACCUCAGCUGUCUCCCCUCAGACCACCUCGGACCAACACCCCCAGAUAGAGAGGCUUGAACCUCCAUCUCCACAGCCAGAGACGAAUGGAAUCCAGUUUCCAGCCCAUACCCCGAAAUGUGAAACCCAGGCUGAGACCGCUGGCAGUGACUCCCACCUCCACCAGACAGAGAAAGAGUUCAACCCAUCCGCCCCUCCUGAGGGAGAUGGAGAGAAGAAUGGAGAGAUGCAGGAGAGUGAGAAGAAGGAGAGAGCAGAGAAGGCCCUCAGAGUUCUGUUGGAAAGAUACGGCUGGGAGCUGGCCCUACAAAGCACUCAGAGCAGACAGAGACAGCAGAACAGAGAGAUGGAGGGAUGCCUGGAGGAGGAGAAGCAAUGUGGAGAAUGUGGGAAGCUGUUCUCUGACUCUCUGAUCCUGAAGAGCCACCAGGAGUUUGUUCACCGCCAGAUGAUCCCUCCUGUAGUGUUGGAGAUGUUCUCCAGACAGUACAGGCUGCAGUACGACCGCCUCUACCCCCUCAGACCCUUCACACCGGGGGACACUGAGACUACUGUUGUUGCACCCCUAACCCCAGCUUCAGCACCUGCACUUGCACCUUUACCCCCAGCACCAGCCUCAGAUUCAACCCUCGACCAAGCCCAAUCCCUCGCCGUCUCCCAAACCUCAGUCCCAGCCCUUACCCCAGCUGCAACCCUAACAACCAUAGACACAGACCCAGCUGUGCCAUCACCACCAGCACCAGCAUCCGUAUCUGUAACCCUGUCCCCAGACCAAGCCCCAGUUAAUUCCCUCUUCCCAGUUCAUGCCAGAGCCUCACCAACACCCUCUCCUCCUCCACCCCCCCGACAACCACAACCACUUUCAGAGCAGGACAGUACCACAACGACAAACACCCCUUGCCCUGACCCCUCUCAAACUAUCAUACACAAGCCCAAACUCUCCAUACCCCCUCUCCCCUUACCCCAACUCCCCCUGCCCCGUCUUCCUUUAUCCAACCUCUCCUCUCUUCCCUUCCCCAUAGACCCCUCUCUCCUCCCCCUUGGUCUAAUGCAGCCCAUAGCCCUCCAGUCAAUGCUUCAGUACCAGUCCCUGUUAUCGUCCUGCCACCAACCACCCUUAUCCCUAUACACCAACACCCACUCUGCUCCUUGCCCAGCUCUACCCCCAUACACUACCACCCACUCUGCUCCUAGCCCAGCUCUACCCCCAUACACUACCACCCACUCUGCUCCUAGCCCAGCCCUGCCCCCAUACACUACCACCCACUCUGCUCCUAGCCUAGCCCUGCCCCCAUACAAUACCACCCACUCUGCUCCUAGCCUAGCCCUGGCCCCAUAUACUACCACCCACUGUGCUCCUAGCCCAGCCCUGCCCCCAUACACUACCACCCACUCUACUCCUUGCCCAGCUCUACCCCCAUACACUACCACCCACUCUGCUCCUAGCCCAGCCCUGCCCCCAUACACUACCACCCACUCUGCUCCUAGCCCAACCCUGCCCCCAUACACUACCACCCACUCUGCUCCUAGUCCAGCCCUGCCCCCAUACACUACCACCCACUCUGCUCCUAGCCCAGCCCUGCCCCCAUACACUACCACCCACUCUACUCCUAGCCCAGCCCUGCCCCCAUACACUACCACCCACUCUGCUCCUAGCCCAGCCCUGCCCCCAUACACUACCACCCACUCUGCUCCUAGCCCAGCCCUGCCCUCUCUGAAGUGUAGGCUGGAGGAAGGGACCGAGGUUAGGCCUAUGAGUGAUGUGAUGGCCGGUGAUGGAGAGGAAGGGGGAGAGAGGGAGGGAGAGGGGGAUGAGCAGAGGAGGGAUAGGCGCCAGAGGACCACCAUCAGUGCAGAGCAGCUAGAGGUUCUAUACCAGCGCUACAGUCUGAACUCCAACCCAACCCGCUCUGCACUGGAGGGCAUCACCAGGGACACAGGGCUGAAGAAACGUGUGGUGCAGGUAUGGUUCCAGAACACUAGGGCUCGUCAGCGGAAGGGCCAGCUCCAGACCCUGGGGAGAGGAGGUUUAGGUGCGGGUCUGGGUGACAACCACAGGCGCUGUCCGUUCUGUAGGGCUUUGUUCAAGGCUCAAAGUGCCCUGGACGCCCAUGUUAGGGCCCGCCACUGGUCCCAGACUGACAGACCUGCCUAUGGCCUGUCUCAUCAGAUAGGUUCCGCUGAUGACUUCAGCUUUUCUCACAACCAUGGAUCCUACAGAGACAGGGAGGGUCCCCCACUCUCCCUCCAGCAUUCUCCCUCUCUCUCCCACCAUCCUUCUCUCCCUACCUCCCUCCAUCCCUCCCCGAACCCCUUUCAUCCCUCUCCAAGCCCCGGGGUCAUCCCCACUGAGAGAAAAUACAUUUCUGGGAAAACAGAUUUGACCUUUGACCUGAACGAACCCGACAUGGAAGAGGAGGAAGAGGAAGAAGGUCUGUCAGUAAAAAUAUUCCCUUCGUCUGACCAGGCUCAUGAGGGUAACCAUAGCAAUCUGUUGUCUCUGGGAUACAAAUAUGGGAUGGCAAGCUUCAACGUGCAAGACUGUGACCAGAAUUCCAGUCCAAGUCUGUCUGAGAGUGUGGAUAGGCAUGGACCGAGACAGCAGCAGCAGCAGAGGCAGCGUACACAGAUGACCCCCCAGCAGGUGGCCAAGCUCAGAGCCUGUUACAGGGAGCAUCCCACCCCCAGCCCCCUGCAGUGUGAGGGCCUGGGACGGCAGCUGGGGCUCCCACGCAGGGUGGUGCAGGUGUGGUUUCAGAAUGGCCGGGCCAAGGAGAAGAGGGCAAGGAGCCUCAGAGUUGACCCCACCACAGGAUAGAGGGAAAGGCAGCAGAGGACAGGGGAGAGAACGCAUACAGCCAUGAACUAAGUGCACGUCACUCACAACAAUAAACCAACCAGAUGCCACAGAAGCCAAAGAGCAUUCUACCAGUGUACCUCACCCCUUACUCAGCCCCAAAACAUCACAGGGCAGACCUCCUCUAGAGCUUUAAGACACCACUCCUCUGUUCCUCUGUCUUGAUUUCCCCUCCUCUCCUGUCCUCCAACCGAUACCUCAGGAGUUAACCCCUCCAUGCCAACAGAUGUCCCUGUUCUGACAAUAGAAUCUGGAGAACCAGGACACAGUAUGUGCCCCUCCCACUUCUGUUUAAAGACUUUACAAGUGCAAGUAUCAAACUGUUAGAUGUUUUAGUGUAUAGAACGUUCUUUCAAAGUCUAAGAAAACUGAAAGAAACACAAGCAGCUACGGAAAACAAAAAUGUAAAAUAUUCUUUACAAAGAGCAUCUGCAAAGACUGGCUUGGAUUCCAAAGCUCGUAACCAAAACCUUACAUGUUGUGUUGUCAACAUGGAUUGUGUUGUCAACAUGGUGGUUUUAAUUUCCAAACCACAGUACAAACCAUACAGUGAAGAGUAGAACUGAGACUGGUGCGUAUCAAUAGACUGACUGGUCUACGUGGUGCUGAAGCAGACCUCAACCUUCUCAAGCCAAUGAUGACUCUACUGCACAUGUACUGAGCUCCUUAUGUGGAUAAUAGGCCAAAUAGCACUGAGCUAAGUCCACUUUGUCCUUUGUGAGAGGGCAUAUAAGAAGCUAUUUUGAUAACGUUCGACCAAUACAUGUCACAACUUUAACCAAACACUACACAACAUUGUCUGUGUUUAGUAAAUGUUAAUGAAUAUGAAUAUUCUGGAUUAACGGUCGUUAUUAUGCUUUGAUAAGACAAAGUGUCAUUUUGUGGUGUAUGAGAACAUAAUGUAGGCGUUAUGAUGUUGCCUUUUCUUCUUAUGUAAGUAAAUACCAAUAUGAUGUGUAAUAUAAUGUCUACUAUACUCAGGCCAACUGUACUGUUUUUUAUUUGGUCCUAGUAAUGUACUAGUUUCUCUUCUGUUCCUAAUGCCAGACACAAAGUCUGUUUUGAAACCUUAUGAUGUAAAUAUUGACUGUUGAUAUGAAGUUCCUAUAAUGGUAGUUCAAAAGAAACCUCUCUGGAUUUGAGAGAUCUGAGCUUUCUGACCGAUAAUUGAUAGUUCCAUUAUUACAUUAUUACAAUGUUAAAUGGUGUGAGGGGUAAAUUAAUGUACAGUAUGUAGCUUUCAUGUGGUCGGCUCGGUCUCCCCUGAGACUGCCUCUGUUCUGACGAACCAUACUCACUGAGAGUUACUGACGUUAUACUGAUGACAAUUUCGGAUGUUGUGUUAUACCGAUGAAAACUUUAGAUGUUGUGUGCACUUAACUCUCUCACACACUCUAACCAUUUUUCUCUCGCUCUCUUUCUCAUCUCUCCUCUUUUUGAUCUAUAAAUGUAACAAUAUUACUGUAGUAACAGUAAUAACUAUGAUAAUAUCGAAUGCUUUAAAACACAACCCAAAGACAAUAACACUGUAACCGUCGAUGCAUAAAUCCCACAAAAAACAACUUCAAAAGUUGACUUGAUAAUGUAACAUUGAUUGUUGGGAAGAAAGAGUGACUGUAUCAGAACUGCUGUAUCUGUCUUCACCAGGCCACU